GUGGUGAAGCACAGGGAUGUGGGCGUGGCUUUCACACCUGUACUGUAUACCCGGAAAGCGCACAGUUUGCUCGUCGGAUGAACGUGUCCCAGUUUUAGACUUUAAAGCAUGCAGCUUGUGACAAUGGUCUGCUGAGAACCACUGCCCUAAGCCAAUGUAACUGUUGCCAAAGAAACCCUUCAGAAAUUUCUUUCAGAAGUAAAAUAGGUCCACCAUGUCACACCAACAAUCCCAGACAUCCAAGGGGGACCAGUCUCCUCUCCUUCUGGACAGCAUGCUCUCCUCCCAGCUUCAUCUGGAAUGCCAGGACGAUUGUUCAUCCUCAGGCACAGAACUCACUGUACCUGGACAGCUUUUACAGACUCCUGUAAUCCUCAGCACGCAGAGUGAAGUGGCUCGGAAGCUUGGAACCCAGCAGCUCAUUCCCAAAAACUUGGCAGUCACCAGUCGACCAAAGAACCGCCACCACACCACUGUGGUCACGAUGCCUGUUGCCCGUGAAGUCCAAAAGAACAUCCAGCGUUUAUCUCAUGAUCCUGACCGCUUGUGGGAGGACUAUGACUGUGAUGACGGUGGCUUGAGCAGGAACCGCAGGAACAGGUCAUACCGAGCUGCGGUCACCAGUCUCGAUGCAGAUUUGGCCUGUAAGCAGGACCUGCUGCAACCUGUUAGUGAGGACAAGGAGAGAUUACCCAGCCCAAAGCCAGUCCGCAGCCCUCGCCAUACGAGAUCCUUGGGUAGAAAGAGGAACCAGAAGCAUGCUGGAUCCUUUAAAGAUGAUCCAAGAUUAUACCAGGAGAUCAAGGAACGAGGUCUCCAGUCAAACAGUCUGGGGCCUGAUGAUGAAGAAUUCAGCCAGAUGCCAGAAGAGGACCAGGGCAUUGUUGUGAAGAACUACAAGGCAGCAUACAUGACCUGGAGUCAACUUCCUCAGGUGAAGGAGAUGGGCAUUCUGGAGAACAUUUCACCCGAGGAGCGUAAGCGGCAAGAGGUCAUUUUUGAGAUUAUGACGUCCGAGUACUCGUACCUGCACAGCUUGAGCAUCCUGGUGCAGCAUUUCAAAAGCAGUGAGGAUUUGAGGAAAACUUUGACUAAAACUGAACACCAUCACCUCUUCUCUAAUAUCUCUACAGUCCACGCCAUCAGCAAGCGAUUUUUUGAAGAUCUUGAAAGGCGUCAUCAAAUGAAUCCACUCGUUACGGACAUCAGUGACAUAGUCCAGGACCACGCUGCAAAUCGCUUUGAACCAUACAUCGUGUAUUGCUCUAACGAGACCUUCCAGCAGAGAACACUGCAGAAACUACUCAUAACAAAUACCGCCUUUAAGGAGGAGCUGAAACGAAUCGAGAGCAGUCCUGAAUGUGGAGGAUUACCCAUGAUCUCCUUCCUCAUUUUGCCCAUGCAGAGAGUCACUCGUCUGCCCCUGUUGAUGGAUACCAUCUGUCAGAAGACAAUUAAGCAGACGACUGAAUACUAUGCAGCACGCUGGGCACUGAAGGCCAUCAGUCGGUUGGUAAAAAGCUGUAAUGAUGGCGCCCGUAGGAUGGAGCGCACCGAACAGAUGUACACCAUCCAGAAACAGAUGGAUUUUGGAAAGAUUAAGCCGUUCCCGCUAGUCUCAGCCUCUCGCUGGCUGCUAAAGAGAGGUGAGCUGUCCGUGUUCACAGAGGACCUUGGGAUCUUCCGGAAGGCCUUCAUUCAUAAGAGCUACUACCUCUUCCUGUUCAAUGAUGUCCUCAUUGUUACAAAGAAAAAAAGUGAAGAAAGCUACCUGGUGUUUGACUAUGCCACUCUGGAGAAUGUGGAGGUUGAGGAGGUGCAGGCUGACAAACUCUACCUGCGGCUGGAGAUGAAACCCAACAGCGAGGGGCGCUGUGAACAAAUGGCUCUGGUGGCUGAAUGCAAGCUGGACAGAGCCCGUUGGGUCACCGCUCUACGCUGGUCUAAGCAAGGUGAAACUUCCCCGAACAGAGACGCACUUCCUCAAUAUGAAGCCACCAAAGCAUAUAUGCCCAAAGAGCCAGACGAGCUGAGUCUUAAGCAAGCAGAAGUAGUCAUCAUCUUGCAGGAAGUGGACGGUUGGUGCUAUGGGGAGAGGAUGAGAGAUGGAGAAAGGGGCUGGUUUCCAGCCAGCUGUGCUACACAGAUCACCAACAGCUCCAUCAUCGAGUGCAACAUACAGCGUAUGCAUCGACUGCGCAAAGAGACAGAUGUCUGAUCAGAGUCUAUUCCAUAUGCCUCUCUGGCUAAACUACAGACUAACGCUGUCCAUUAAUACACUUUUUAGAAAUAAGCAUGUGACCCUCUUAUUGUACAUGAACUAUGGAUUAAAAAAAACAAAAAACAAACAACAAAACCAAUGAGAAAGUUCA